AUGGGAAUCGUCUCUUUCCCCGCCUCCAUCCACUCAUCGUCUGUUACGGAAAAAAGCUCCGAGCCGUCGCACGAUUUUCGCACGCUUGUCGUUCGCUCGUCGCAGUGCAGCAUGGCGAAAGGUGGACAGCAGCCGUGCGUCGUGUGCCAGUCGCAAGCCGCGAAAUACAAAUGCCCCACGUGCCUCUCUCCCUACUGCUCUGUCGCCUGCUGCCGAACGCAUAAAGAAACGCCAUGCCAACCAAGAGAGCAGCCUGCCACGUCAGCAGCAGAGGCAGGAGGAACUACAGCCGCCACCACAGCAGACGCCCAAGGCAGCGCCGGCCCUGACAGCAGCAGGGGCAAGCAGCCUGUGCGGCCGUUUGAGGAGUGUGAGGAUGAGGACGAGCUCUCGUGGCGUCUGCCCUGCAGCACACUCAGGGAGAUUGCGGACGAUGCAGCGUUGAGGCAGCAAUUGAGAGACCACGAGUUGCAGCGCAUGCUUCUCCUCAUCGACAGCUCCCCACACCCAGAAGCAGCGCUCGAAGCAGCGCGGUCGCAUCCAGCUUUUGCCAAUUUCACGGCGGCGGCGGCCGGGCCCGAGGUGGUUGUCUUGGUAGGCGAUGUUGUUGUGGUGGUGGUCGACGUCGACAGUUUCACGGGCGUCGUGGUGCCGGUUGUCUUGCUCGUGUCGGCCAUCGUGGUUGCCCAGGACACCUUCACCGUGGUUCCCGUCUUACUGGUGCUCACAAGGUCCUCCGCCGUCUCCGGCUUUGCCAUCUUCACGGGAGUGGUGGUGGCUGUCUUGCUCGUGUCGGCCAGUGAGGUCACGGUCGACUGCGACAGUUUCGUGGGCAAGGAUGGGAUUUGCGGCUUGUACGUGAUCGCCGCUUUCACGGGCGUGGUGGUGGUGACUGUCUUGCUAGUGUCAAGGAGUGUUGCCAUCUUCACGGGAGUGGUGGUGGCUGUCUUGCUCGUGUCGGCCAGUGAGGUCACGGUCGACUGCGACAGUUUCGUGGGCAAGGAUGGGAUUUGCGGCUUGUACGUGAUCGCCGCUUUCACGGGCGUGGUGGUGGUGACUGUCUUGCUAGUGUCAAGGAGUGUUGCCAUCUUCACGGGAGUGGCGGUGGCUGUCUUGCUCGUGUCGGCCAGUGAGGUCACGGUCGACUGCGACAGUUUCGUGGGCAAGGAUGGGAUUUGCGGCUUGUACGUGAUCGCUGCUUUCACGGACGUGGUGCUGGUUGUCUUGCUCGGGGAGGCCAGUGGGCUCGUGGUCACAGCCAUCUUCUGGGGCGACGUAAUUUUGUAUGGGCUGACCAAUACCGCCAUUCCCAAGGUGGUCGACAUUUUCACGGGCGUGGUGGUGGUGGUUGUCUUGCUAGUGUCAAGGAGCGUCGUGGUUGUCUUGCUCGUGGAUGCCAAUUUCACGGGCGUCGUGCUGGUGGUUGUCUGGGUCGGGGACGCCAUUAAGGUCGUGGUGGUGGUGGUCUUGGUUGGGGAUAUUAGGGGCGAGGUACUAGUGGUUGUCUUGGUCGGGGAUAACAGUUUCACGGACGCAGACAAUUUCACGGGCGUGGUGGUGGUGAGUGUCUUGCUAGUGUCAAGGAGCGCUGCCGCUUUCACGGCCGUCGUGGUUGUGGUCGGGGACGCCAUUAAGGUCUUGCUCGGGGACGCUGUGGGCGAGGUUAUGGUUGUUCUGGUCGGGGACAACAGUUUCACGGACGCAGACAAUUUCACGGCGGUUGGGUCCGUGGGGGACACGGUUUUCGCCAAUUUCACGGCCGUCGGGGUGGUCACGGCGGAUUUCUCGAGGUGGUUCGUAGUCCCCCCGUCCGAAGACCGGGUGUACAGAAUGCGCCGCGAGGCGACAAAUCCCUUGGAUGCCGCUGCGCACAGAACAACGGAAGUGAUUAGGCCGAGUGGACUUCUGUAG